AUGGAGAACCUCACUCAAUUAGAACAGAACAUUGUGGCACAAUCAUUGCGUGUAUCAAACUUGGGUGAAUAUUUCGCAUGGACACAACAGUGUGAUGACCUUAUCGAGCAAUUGGAAGAACGCAGUCGCGACGCCAAGCAGCCGCGACUCUCUAUCGGAAACAAACAGUCCUUAGUAGCUCGAAUCGCGCGGCUUGAGGGACUGAAGAAGCGAUUAGAAAAACGCUUUAUCCAUAUUGGUGGCGAGUAUGCAGGGUGGAAUAACGGUGUCGAAGAACUCUCUUGGCGAGAGAUAGAGACCGCGUUCGAGAGCCGCAUUUUAACCGGUGCUGUGAUAAAUUCCGGCUAUAUCGAACCACGGCGAUUUCUGGAAGACGCUAGUAUCAUAGUGCUCGAUUACGUGCAAAAGGUAAUAAAUGAACAUGACAGUGUGAAAUUGAAUACCGUGUUCAAUGGCGAGUUUGUGGCGGGUGAGAAGACUGCCAAUAAAAGUAUCAAUACGCGAAACCGAGCACUCUUUCGUACGUCCAAUCUGAAAGAGUGGUUUGCACGAUACGUUAUCGAGCCCACCUUGGCGUCUCUUGAAGAAUUCCAGGAACGCGACAGUGGAUGGGCGUUGUCGCGUAUACUGGACUUGACGGUUAACGUUAACAAAUAUAACCCUAUGCACGCGGGAUGUCACGUCAAAUUGCCGAAGAAAAUUAUGGCGAAGAAAGCAGUGGUAAACGUGCAAAUACUCAAUCUCCAAGGCAUAGAAUUUCCUAUGACAUUGAAGCAAGUCAACAAGUUUGAAGAGCUCAACAAUGUCUCAAUCAACAUAUACUAUAUGAAUGAAUGUCGGAAACAAAAAAAUGAAAAAGAAGUAUCAUUAAGUAUCGUUUCACUGCGUCUCACCGAUGAUAAGAAGGCCCGGCACAUCAAUCUACUGUACGUGCCACAAGAUAAUGGCUUGGGACACUUUACGUGGAUCAAGAACCUGUCUCGGCUAGUUGGCAUCCAACUUAGCAGCAAUAAACGAAAAAAAUAUAUUUGCGAUCGGUGUCUGCACUACUUCUCCUCCAGCGGGAGAUUGAAGGCCCACUCCGUAGAUUGCACAAAACUAAACGAUUGUGUCAUUGUUUUACCGAAAGAGGACGACAAGUGGCUGCGUUUCGACAACCACAGCAGGAAAGAGCGGAUGCCGUUCGUCGUAUACGCCAACUUGGAGUGUGCAUUGGAGAAGAGAGGAGCGGAAAAAUUCGGCACAUACCCAUAUCACCAUCACAAGGCAUAUAGUGCUGCGUACUACGUGCGGUGUUCAUACGACAACUCAUUAUCCGCGUAUCGAUAUCGUCGCGGCACCGACUGCAUUUCGUGGUUUGUCGAAGAAUUGAGGGCUUUAGCAUUUCGCGUAAAAGCAAUUCUAACCGCUAAUGUGCCCAUGGAAAAUCUAACGAGAGAACAGGAAGUAGCAUACCAUAGCGCGACGCACUGUCAUAUCUGCGAAGAGCCAUUCGCGCAAGACGAGACGCGAGUACGCGAUCAUUGCCAUCUGACCGGUCGGUACAGAGGUCCUGCGCAUUCAAAUUGUAAUCUAAAUUAUAAAGAGUCCUAUACUAUUCCGAUAGUAUUUCACAAUUUAUCCGGUUACGAUUCACAUUUUAUAAUCAAAGAAUUGGCUAGCGUCUUCCCGUACAAGUACGUGGAUUGCGCCGAAAAGUUGCAAGAUACCCGCUUACCACUGCGAGAAUCAUUCUACAGUUCCUUAACGGGUGACACGAUAUCCGAGAGCGAUUACGCGCACGCUGAGAACAUCUGGCAGCAGUUCGCCAUUCAAACGUUAGGCGAAUACAGCGACUUGUAUUUGAAAACCGACGUGUUAUUAUUGGCCGACAGUUUUGAAAAUUUUCGCGACAGUUGUAUCACGAGUUAUGGUCUCGAUGCGGCAUAUUACUAUACGCUACCGGACUUCACGUGGGACGCGAUGCUCAAGCAUACGCGUAUAAAUUUCGAACUGCUCACCGAUAUCGAUAUGGUUAUGUUCAUAGAACGCGGCAUACGCGGCAGCCUAAGUCAGUGUUCAAACAGGUACGCCCGUGCCAACAAUAAAUACAUGGAGUCGUACGAUCCAUCGAAACCAUCGUCGUACUUGACGUACUUUGACAUUAAUAAUUUAUACGGUUGGGCAAUGUCUCAACCUCUGCCCUAUGCAGAUUUUCAAUGGGUCGACGACGUCUCGGACUUCGACGUGAACGCUAUCGCUCCUGAUUCGUCCACCGGUUACAUUCUUGAGGUCGAUCUCGAAUAUCCACAGCAUCUGCACGAUGCGCACACUGACCUACCAUUCUGUUUGACGCGCGAUAAGCCGCCGGGCAAGCGCCAGAACAAGUUGCUCGCAACGUUAAAUGAUAAGGAACGUUACGUGAUACACUAUCGCAACCUGCAGCAGUGUAUGCGUCACGGUCUGCGGAUAAUAAAAAUUCAUCGCGUAUUACAAUUCGCGCAAUCCGCAUGGCUUCGUAGGUACAUUGAACUCAAUACACAAUUUCGAAUGCGCGCGACCAACGAUUUCGAAAAAAAUUUGUACAAAUUGAUAAACAACGCGGUAUUUGGAAAAACUAUGGAAAAUGUACGCAAUCAUAUGGAUGUAAAGCUUGUAACAAAAUGGAACGGAAGGUACGGUGCGGAGGCACUGAUCGCUAAACCAAAUUUCCAUAGCCGGAGCGUCUUUUCGGAAAACCUGGUCGCGAUUGAACUGCGCAAACUCCAGGUGAAAUUCAACAAACCAAUCUACGUGGGUAUGUGCAUACUCGACAUAUACAAGACGUGUUUGUACGAAUUUCAUCACGAGUAUAUGGUACCUCUUUAUCGCGAAAAAUGCAAGAUCAUGUACACGGAUAUGGAUAGUUUAAUUUACCAUAUCGAGUGCGACGACGUGUACGAGCAAAUGAAACAUGAUGUUGCGAGAUUCGAUACGAGCGAUUACGAGGUCGAUAAUGCGUAUGGAAUGCCACUCGCAAAUAAAAAGGUACCCGGUUUGAUGAAGGACGAAAACAACGGCACGAUAAUGACAGAGUUCGUCGGGCUUAGAGCGAAGAUGUACGCUGUGAGAGUGGCCGGUAGGAAAGACACCAAAAAAGCGAAAGGUGUCAAGAGUAAUGUCGUAUCGAAAGCGAUAACAUUUGAAGACUACACGCGGUGUCUGAAAGAUUAUACGGAAGUGACGCGACGCCAAUCAUGCAUAAGAUCAAAAUUGCAUGAGGUGUACACUGUGUCAGAGCCGAAAAUCGCUCUAAGUCCGUACGACGAUAAGCGUUAG